AUGGCUGGUAAUGUGAAGACUUUUACAGUGGGAUAUAAUCCCAUCAACAAAGAGGACUUUUUCACGAGCGGCGACCGCCUCACGGGUCAAGUCACCUUAGAGAUGGAGAGCGACGGCAAAAUACAGUCAAUCACUGUGAAGAUGAAGGGAAAAGCAGAAGUGAAGUGGACUGAAAACUAUGGGAAAAAUUCUGUGACAUUCCAUAACAAAGAAAAGUACUUCAGCAUCAAGCAGUUCAUCAUUCCAGAGAGCCACGGCAAUAAUGCGGUUGUGCACGGCUGGCAUGUCUAUCCAUUCACCUUUCAGAUUCCAGCACAAGAGCUGCCGUCCUCUUUUAAAGCCUCACAUGGGAAGAUCGUGUAUUCGCUGGAGGCAAACCUGAGCAGGCCCAUGAGAAUUGACAGCAAAGCGAAGGCUCACUUCACCGUCUUCCACAGAGGAAACUCAAUCAGUGACCCAGCACUAAUGACUCCACAGCACAAUAUCAUUGAUAAGAAACUGAAGCUCUUUGCAUCAGGAGCGGUGGGAAUGGAUGUGAAUAUUCCACAAACUGGAUUCAAACAAGGUGAAGGCAUCACGGUUGUGGCCUUCAUUCAGAACAAAUCCUCUCGUGACAUUAACCCCAAGUACUGCGUGUAUCAGAAGAAGAGCUACUUUGCGAAGGGAAAGAGGAGGGUCGAAACCAAGGACAUCCUGAAAGAGGUGGGCGAAGCCAUUCCACGUUCUACCAGUCAGUCGGUCACCAGGAUCAUCACGAUCCCUCCCACUACACAAGUGUCUAUCUUGAACUGCAGCAUCCUCAAAGUAGAGUACAGACUCAGGGUGUAUCUGGAUGUUAAGUACGCUUCGGACCCUGAGAUUAAGUUCCCCAUAAUCAUCCUGCCUUCUUUACCAGGGGGUGAACAGCCACAACCACCGGAAUAUUCUCCCUAUGGAUUUAAUGCAUUUGGAAACCCAGGCAUGCCAGGAGGAAGCGACUUCCUACAAAACCCACCAGCCAUGAACCCUUAUGCCCCACCUCCAGCCUAUGGCUCUUAUGCGUUGUAUCCCACCUUGAAUGGUUGUGAUAACAAAUACUAA